AUGACCCCUCCAGUGCAUUCCAAAUUCUCAGGCGCUGCCCUCCUGGGUCCGAAUCUCCGGGGCCUGAAACUCCGGAGCUGCGACACCAGCCGCUUUGGAGCACUAAGCCGAGUGCCACCGUUAGGCGCAAAACGUCACCGGUGGAAUGACUUUGUGAGGAGUCGUCGCUUUAUAUAUUCCGCCGCAGCCCAGCCUGGUGAAACGCCGACUCUGCAUCGCCAUCGCAUCCCCCGUCUGGACACAUCUUCACAUCGCAGACUGUAUUCUUCAGCCAUGGCUUCCGCUACCAACUUCUUCGAGUUCAAGGCGCUUGACGCCUUGCGCCAUCUGCGCCAGCACGUACACUCGCAUUUGGAGACAUCUGCUAACGAGCGCGUUAUUUUUGCAGCCACCGACAACGAAGUUCCUCUGUCCAACUACAAGGGCAAGGUCGUCCUGGUCGUCAACACCGCCUCCAAGUGCGGCUUCACCUACCAAUACAAGAACCUCGAGUCCGUCUACCAAGAGAUCAAGAAGGAGUACCCCGACGACUUCACAAUCAUCGGCUUCCCCUGCAACCAGUUCGGCGGCCAGGAGCCCGGCUCCAACGAGGAGAUCCAGAACUUCUGCUCCCUGGACCAAAAGGUCACCUUCCCCGUCUUCGGCAAGAUCAACGUCAACGGCGACGAUGCGCACCCGCUGUACAAGUGGCUGAAGCACGAGAAGCCCGGCCUGCUUGGUCUGGAGAGGGUCAAGUGGAACUUUGAGAAGUUCCUCGUCGGCCGCGACGGCAAGGUUGUCGACCGCUGGGCCAGCACUACUGAGCCCGAGAAGUUCCAGGGCAGGAUCCUGGAGGAGAUUAAGAAGCCUGCGCCUGCGUCAUAA